GCCCCUACCCACAAGAGCCAGGCCGUCACAUUUCAAAAGCAAUUCAAAACCGAAAGUGCUCAUCAGCGAAGAGGGUCGCCAAACAAAGCAACACACCCACCAAGGAUACCCAACCACCAACAUGACCUUGUCGGAGCCUGCUGUGGAUGUUGCCACUCCCAAGAUGGUGGACCACAGACCCCUUGACCCGGUGUUACUUCUAGAUCCUUGGUCUUGUGCCACGCCGACAAAGAAUGAAGCAAACGAACUCUCCUUCGAGUGUACGCUCGACGCGUCCGGAAAACUUGACAUCUCGGCCGCAAAGGGACUGUCGCUGGAUUCAACUUCCGAUGAAGGAGACGAUUACGAGGGAAGCGAGGGAUCUGAAUUGGAUGAUGAUGGGAAUGACACUGGUGAAAGACACAUUGAUGUUGUGUGGCCAUGGUGGUCAAAGGUUACCAAUAUCCUCCAUCAUUAUAUCCAAAAGUCAGUCUUGACUUUGUCAAUGGCGGCAGCAAGGAAUCCUAUUCGAUGCAUAGUGACCAUCCUGAUCCUCUCUUUUGCCCUCAUUGGCACUGGCAUCAUGACAAACUUUCACAUUGAAGUGGAUGAAUCCAAGAUCUACACUCCUUUCAAUGCCAUCUCACGCCACCACAAUCAAUGGUACCUGCAAGAAUCUGGUUUGGCAGAAGCUGCCCGAAGCACUGUCUUGAUGAUUCACAACCAUGGCAACAAUGUACUGGGCAUGGACACCAUGAGCCGAGUCUUUGAGGCUCUAGACACUGUUAGGAACACUACGGGGUACAACGAGAUCUGUGCCGAUGGUGCUCAUUGGGACGAUUACAAUGAAGAAUUCACUUGCCAGGUUGUCUCUUCCACUCGCUUUUGGUACCACGACAAAGCAUUGUAUAAUAGCCAAGUGAAGAAUGAAACUGAGCUUGUCCAGCAACUGUCAGCCCCAGAAUAUCCCGGAGGAGUACCAAUGAUUUCAGAGUACGUCAUGGGAAAUCUGCAACGCGGCCAAAAUGGCACAAUUAGCCAUGUCCCAGCCUUUUUUGUCUACAUCCUCCUCACAGACAAAGGAGAGGCAACCAUGGAGUUUGAAACUGCUGUUCUGGAUAGGCUUGCCAACCUGCAGACGGAAUGGGAUGGGGAUUUAUCGAACAGCCUCCGCCUAGACUAUUAUGCGGAAAGAUCAGGAGCUGAUGAGUUCCGCAGAGCAAUUGAUGCGGAUUUGUUCCUGCUACCAUGUGUCUUCUUUGUCAUGGGUGCAUUUACAUGCUUGGUCUUUUUCCGAAGGGAUCUGGUUCAAUCCAGAUGUCUCUUGGGAGUAGGAAGUGUUGUCUCCAUUCUCUUGUCACUGUUCGCUGGGUUUGGCCUUCUAUUCAUUUUUGGGGUCCCAUUUACCAGCAUGACACAGUUGCUUCCAUUUGUGGUCUUCGGUGUUGGUCUCGAUGAUACCUUCAUAAUCACUGGGGCCUAUCUAAGGACAAACAAAUCUCUAGAUGGGCAAGAACGAAUUAGGUUGGCCAUGCUUGAGGCUGGACCAAGUAUCACUGCCACAACAAUUACAACAGCUUCUGCUUUUCUACUUGGCCUGUUCUCUAGUGUACCAUCCAUUUAUUGGUUAUGUCUCUAUGCCUUCCCAACCAUUAUUGUUCUUUUUCUCUACCAAAUCACUUUCUUUGUGGCUAUUUUGGCUUUGGAUGAGAGGCGGAUACAAUCCAAAAGAAUGGAUGUCAUCAUUUGCUGCAAGAGGCAAGCCAGAGAUGAUGAAAGCAACGAUGACGAGAUCAGUGAAACGCAACAAGCUGCUGCGCUCAAGUCUCCCGCCCCCUUGGCUGACAGGAUCAUGGCUAGGUAUGCCUGUUGCCUACUUCAUCCAACUGUGAGGACUCUUGUGGUGGUUUCAUUCUUCACUUUCUUUGGCUAUUGCAUCCACCGGACUACAAUGCUGAAGCAAGACAUUGACAUCAAAAGUCUGUUUCCCAGUGAUUCCUACAUGAUUCCUGCUAUGACCACAGUUGAAAACUUCCAGGAGAGGUCAUAUGCCUUCCAUAUCUUUUUCAGAAAUGAAGAUCAAGGUGACCCCAUGAUACAGCAGCAAAUGAUAUCAUUUGUUGAAGAGAUACAGGCCCUCUCAGCCUUGGGGGCCCCACCCCCUCUGUGCUGGGUCCGUGACCUCCAGGCGUUGCGAGAAACAGAGUUUUUUGAUGUGGUCAGGGACUUGCCUUUUGAGGAACAGAUCCAGUUUGCCAUGAAUAUCCCUGCCUUCAAGGAGGCAUAUGGCAAUGAUAUUGCGAUUGACAGCAGCACUGGGAAUAUUACUGCAUCAAGAUGUAUUAUCCUAGCAAGGAAUUCCCAUUUGAUAGCGGAAGUUCAAAACACAAUUGACUAUCUGAAUGGGCAAAGAGCAGUGACUGAGGCUCAAGGCAUCAAUCAAAACAAAGCUGGAGGGGCAGAGUCGUUCUUCACUUUUCAAAGCAUCUAUCUUGUUUGGGAGUUCUACAAUGUUGCUAUCAGCGAACUUAUCAUGACAACUGUGCUCAGUGUUGGUGUGGUGAGCUUUCUGUCCCUAGUCUUCAUCCCGCAUUGGACUGCUGUGUUCUUCAUAGUUCCAAUGGUCUCAGUUGUUUACAUUGACUUAUUGGGUGUGAUGGAGAUGGCUGGCCUUGAUAUCAAUGCAGUGACCUAUGUCUGCCUGGUGAUCUCUAUUGGCCUGAUUGUUGACUUUCUGCUGCAUAUCAUGUUGCGGUAUGUCGAGUCUUCUGGCGUCUCUCGUGAUGACAAGGUGAAGGAGACUCUGGAGACCAUGGGCAGUUCCAUUCUCUUAGGGGGCACUUCGACACUGCUUGGUAUUUUGGCACUAGCUUUUAGUACCAGUAUGAUUGGGCGAACAGUCUUUAUGUCACUUUGCUCAAUGAUUAUACUUGCGAUCGUUCAUGGUUUGGUUGUGUUGCCUGUGCUGCUCUCACUGGUGGGACCUAUCUUACCUGUUGAGUCAAACGGUGCAUUCUGUGACGACUACAAUCAACAGAAGAUGGUGAUCCUGACUGACUUUGCAGCAUCCAAGCAGUCCACGGCACUCGCCAUAAUAGACGUUACGGAAACUUAGGGAUUGCUUGGGGCAAUCUGGUUAGCUAGCGUAACUCACUUGGUUGGUUCUCCACUAUUUGGGUGGAUGUUGAUUCUGACUAAUAAAAACUCAAUUUGAGUGUC